AUGGCACAUGAAAAGACGUACGACACGACAGCGCCUUACGUGCUAUAUAAAGAUGGAGUGGAGCGUGCUCCGCCUGGCACGCAAUGGGGUGGCGCAGUCCUGGACGGAGGCUACCAAGCAAUGCAGCACCAGAGCCCUGGCGGACCCUCACCGCAGCCAGAACCUCAGCUCGCCUCCCCCGCCCCCUCCCCGUAUCCCCCCGCACCGCCCCCUCCCGACCAAUCGGCGGACGAGGCCGCCCAGCAACUCGCACAGCAACAAGCGCAACAACAAGCGCAACAACAACAGCAACAACAAACCUCACCUGAACACUUGCAAGUCGACCAACAGCUGCAAAACCAAUCGCAGCCUCCGUCUCAAGAUCACCUCGACCGAACUCCAUGCUUCGUUCCGCAACCAGACUUACAGCAACAAUACACAACUCCAUAUUUUAAAGAGACGAGACCAACGAGCCACAUGCUAGGAACAGGUGGCUUUCCACUGCACUACUUAAAGCAAAAUGGCGGCGUGCUAUCUCUAGAGGGCCCGCUGGACCAAUAUACGACGCCAGACUUGCGUCACUUACCAGACAUUGUACAACCCGAGCCACCUAAGCCUCGGAAACAUAAUCCAAAUUCAGAACUCCGCCUGUUCAAAUGCCUGACUUGCGGCAAAGACUUCAAGCAGAAAUCGACGUUACUCCAGCACGAGCGGAUUCACACGGACUCGCGGCCGUACGGGUGUCCAGAGUGCGGGAAGCGGUUUCGCCAGCAGUCCCACCUGACGCAGCACCUGCGCAUCCAUGCGAACGAGAAACCGUACGCGUGCGUGUACUGCCCGCGCUCGUUCCGGCAGCGCGCCAUCCUCAACCAGCACCUUCGCAUCCAUUCCGGUGAGAAGCCAUAUACGUGCGGCGAGUGCGGCAAACAUUUCCGCCAGAAGGCCAUCCUGAACCAGCACGUCCGCACACACCAAGACGUUUCACCGCAUCUUAUCUUCAAGAAUGGGACGACGCCGACGUUGUGGCCCCAAGACGUACCAUUUCCACCGGAUGAGAAUAAAGAAGAGGUGCAGUCGACAUUUGGAGACACCGACGGCCAGAAUGGAGAUCAACGGGGAUCUUGCUUUUCACCAGGAGAUACGGCUCAGUAUCCUGCGUACUUCAAAGAUACGAAGGGUCUCAAUCACGCCGUCUUCGGAUCAUCAGGGCUUUCACUCCAGUAUCUUAAAGGUGGGAAAUUGCCCGAUGUGCUUGGUGGUCGAGCGAUGCCAUUAUACGUUCGUUGCCCAAUCUGCCAAAAAGAAUUCAAACAGAAAUCAACGCUGCUACAACACGGCUGCAUACAUAUAGAGUCGCGGCCGUACCCUUGCCCCGAGUGCGGCAAGCGUUUCCGCCAGCAAUCACACUUAACCCAACAUUUACGCAUCCAUACAAAUGAAAAACCUUACGGGUGCGUUUAUUGUCCUCGAUUUUUCCGGCAACGAACGAUACUUAAUCAGCAUCUCCGCAUUCACACGGGUGAGAAACCGUACAAAUGCACGCAAUGCGGAAAAGACUUCCGACAAAAGGCAAUCUUGGACCAGCACACGCGCACCCACCAGGGCGAUAGACCGUUCUGCUGUCCGAUGCCGAACUGCCGACGUCGGUUUGCGACAGAGCCAGAGGUGAAGAAGCACAUUGAUAACCACAUGAACCCGCACGCAGCGAAGACUCGACGCGACUCGAAGACCCCCCGCCCUCUGCCACCGGCGGCUGUCGUGAAGCCCGAGUUAUACUUCCCUCAAUGCUACGCGCCCCCGUUCCAGCAGUUCCCAGGGUCGACCGGGGAGUUCAAGCCCACAGUAGGGCCGAGCUCGGUGACGUGCCUGCCGGCGCAG